UGCUCUUAUUCUCCAUGGACUUUACAGUGUUUCCUAUCCUCAGUGCAGUGGACAGCUGGGAGGAGGUGCUCUUAUUCUCCAUGGACUUUACAGUGUUUCCUAGCCUCAGAGCAGUGGACAGCUGGGAGGAGGUGCUCUUAUUCUCCAUGGACUUUACAGUGUUUCCUAGCCUCAGUGCAGUGGGCAGCUGGGAGGAGGUGCUCUUAUUCUCCAUGGACUUUACAGUGUUUCCUAGCCUCAGUGCAGUGGGCAGCUGGGAGGAGGUGCUCUUAUUCUCCAUGGACUUUACAGUGUUUCCUAGCCUCAGAGCAGUGGGCAGCUGGGAGGAGGUGCUCUUAUUCUCCAUGGACUUUACAGUGUUUCCUAGCCUCAGAGCAGUGGGCAGCUGGGAGGAGGUGCUCUUAUUCUCCAUGGACUUUACAGUGUUUCCUAGCCUCAGAGCAGUGGGCAGCUGGGAGGAGGUGCUCUUAUUCUCCAUGGACUUUACAGUGUUUCCUAGCCUCAGUGCAGUGGACAGCUGGGAGGAGGUGCUCUUAUUCUCCAUGGACUUUACAGUGUUUCCUAUCCUCAGUGCAGUGGACAGCUGGGAGGAGGUGCUCUUAUUCUACAUGGACUUUACAGUGUUUCCUAGCCUCAGUGCAGUGGACAGCUGGGAGGAGGUGCUCUUAUUCUCCAUGGACUUUACAGUGUUUCCUAGCCUCAGUGCAGUGGACAGCUGGGAGGAGGUGCUCUUAUUCUCCAUGGACUUUACAGUGUUUCCUAGCCUCAGUGCAGUGGGCAGCUGGGAGGAGGUGCUCUUAUUCUCCAUGGACUUUACAGUGUUUCCUAGCCUCAGUGCAGUGGACAGCUGGGAGGAGGUGCUCUUAUUCUCCAUGGACUUUACAGUGUUUCCUAGCCUCAGUGCAGCUCUGGUCAACAGUAGUUCACUAAAUAUACGCUUUGGGACACGAGAUAAGGUCUCCACUGUGUGGAACCACAAAUGUACCUCUUGGAAUGCGGUAUCCAUCCAAGUGAAGGAGGAGAGGGAGAACAACACCAGCCUUUUGAAGAAACCAUGA